CACCUAGAUCAGUAUGGGCUUAGAUUUAUUAAUGCAAUCGCCCAGUAUUACUGCACGGCCGAGCACUAGGGCGAACAUCCCUUCCUGUUGCAACACGCUAAGCUGUAAUAUAUCUUAGGGGUUAAGAAACAGCAACUAUUAGAACGUAGCAAUGACUUCUACAGAUACAAGCAUGUUGCCCUGUGCACGAUGCCAGGCACCCGCCAAGCUGCAAUGCCCUAACUGUGUCAAACUGGGUUUGCCCAAGGACAAGAGCGUGUUUUGCUCCCAGGAGUGCUUCAAGGCUGCCUGGCCGGAGCACAAGAAGGUGCACUCGCCGCCUGCGGACGCAUGGCUGUACUGCACCAAGCGCGGCAGGGCGCGCAGCGACAGCCUGCCGGAUUUUGACUGGACGGGGUCGCUGCGGCCGUACCGCAUCAGCCCGCGGAGAGAGGUUCCCGACCACAUUCCCAAGCCGGACUACGUCAAGGAUGGCAUUCCGUACUCGGAGGUCGAGAGCAAGCAGCAACAAAUAGUGCCCAUCCGCGGCCCAGACGACACGGCUGCCAUCCGCGCCGCCUGCCGCAUCGGGCGGGAGGUGCUGGACCUGGCGGCGGCGGCCGCAAAGCCGGGCGUCACCACGGACGAGUUGGACCGCAUCGUGCAUGAGGCCAUGAUUGAGCGCGGCGCCUACCCCUCGCCGCUCAACUACUACAACUUUCCCAAGUCGGUGUGCACCUCCAUCAAUGAGGUCAUCUGCCACGGCAUUCCGGAUGCACGGGAGCUUCAAAACGGCGACAUCCUCAACAUUGACGUCACCGCCUACUUCAAAGGCUUCCACGGCGACCUCAAUGAGACCAUUUGCAUCGGCGAGGUGGACGAGGAGGGGCGCAAGCUCGUCAAGGUGACCCACGACGCACUUAUGAAGGCCAUCGCGGCGUGCCGGCCGGGCGUGCGGUACCGCGACGUGGGGGACAUCAUCACCAAGCAUGCGGCUGCUCACGGGUUCCAGGUGGUCAAGUCCUACUGCGGGCACGGCAUCGGCGACCUCUUCCACUGCGCACCCAACGUGCCGCACUACGCCCACAACAAGGCGGUCGGCGUCAUGAAGGAGGGCCACGUGUUCACCAUUGAGCCCAUGAUUAACACGGGCUCCUGGCGUGAUCGAACCUGGCCGGACGGUUGGACAGCGGUCACGGAGGACGGCGGGCGCAGCGCUCAGUUUGAGCACACGCUGGUGGUGACGCGUGACGGCUGUGAGGUGCUGACGAAGCGGCUGGAGAGCUCGCCGCCGCUGUGGUGGGAGACGCAGCAGUAGUGGGAUGAGGGGAAGGAAGGAAGGAGGGC